AACAGUCAAGAACAACAGUUAGCAGAAAGAUUUCUCAAAAAACUUGUCGAGGCCGAACUUUAUUUAGAAAGAAAACAAUCUAAUUCUCAAAUUGUUUCUGAACUAUUACAAUUGAAGAAAGAUUAUCCAAAUAUUUAUCAAUUAUUUUUAAAGAUUACUAGCCAAGGGACUAAUUUGACCCGCUGGCGUA